AUAAUUAUUUUGCUUAGUCACACUUUAGAAUAUCAAACGUCAUGCAAGAUAAAUAAACCAGUAACCUUUACUGAGAUAAUAAUGCAUAAGUAUAUGUGCAUUAAUAAUGUGACAUAUAGAUAACAUUUUCGAUCUUCUUUAGCUUCAGUUUUACGCAGUCAGUUUUCAAGAUUUAUCGAACAGUAUUUCUAUGCUCUGACGGCUUACUGCUACAUUUAAUUUUGUGACACUUAUUGUUUUUGCAAAAAUAUAACGCUCAACACACAUAAAUUUUCAUAUAAUUUUUUUUGUUCGGAAUAUAUUUAAGAGAAAAAAGAGCAAAAUGUUAUUUAUAGGAUUAAUAACUGCUAUUGUAAUUGCUUUGUGUUCUCUAUAUAUUUAUUUCAAGUUUGUGGUAUUUACUUUCUGGCGCAAGAAAGGUGUAUUUUACAUCGAUCCCGUUGUACCAGCUGGUAAUGUGACAUCGUUAGUAAUUGGAAAAAUAUCAGUAGGCGAACUAUUUCGCGACAUUUACUUGAAAUAUAAGGGCCAUCGCGCUAUCGGAACGUACACAUUUUUCAAGCCGAACCUUGUGAUUGCCGAUCUCGAUCUUAUCCGAAUAGUUCUGACAAAAGAAUUUGCUAGUUUUCAUGAUCGGGGCUUCUACUGUAACGAAAAAGUUGACCCAUUAUCCGGUCAUUUAUUUUUAUUGCCUGGGAAAAAAUGGAGAAAUUUGCGCGUCAAGUUGACACCUACAUUUACUUCGGGAAAACUCAAGCAGAUGUUUGCAAUUUUGAAAGAAAGCGGCGAAGAAUUCGCAAAAUCUUUGGAAAAAAUAGCCGAAACGGAACCAUGCAUCGAAAUAAAAGAAAUGUUUGCAAGAUAUACAACAGACAUAAUUAUGUCAGCAGCUUUCGGAAUCAAAUCCAACUGCUUGGAAAAACCGGACAAUGAAUUUCGAUAUUGGGGAAAAAAGGUCCUCGAACUAGGUUCUUUUAAAAAUGCCUUGUUUCUGUUUGCACCUCAAAUUGCCGAUUUCUUUGCCAUUCCUCUUCUUGAUCGGGGUACUUCGAAUUUUUUCAUAAAUAUGUUUCGGGAUACCGUAAAAUACAGACAAACUCACAAUAUUGAAAAACACGAUUUUAUGAAUCUACUUAUACAACUUAUGGAAAAAGGCUACGUCGUUCCUGACGAGAAGGAAGAUACAACCGAUGCUUCUUCGGGUACAAGUAAGAUUACUAUGUUGGAAGCGGCUGCGCAAGCAUUCGUCUUCUUUAUAGCUGGUUUUGAAACGUCCUCAACUACGGCGACAUACUGUUUGUACGAAUUAGCGAUAAAUCAAGACGUACAAAACAAGCUUCGUCAAGAAAUUGAUGAAGUUUUGAAAAAACACGGCGAAGUGACUUACAAUGCUGUAAACGAUAUGACGUAUCUUCACAAAGUAAUAUCUGAAACUCUUAGGAAAUAUCCACCUCUGCCAAUGCUGAAUCGCAUCUGCACCAAAGCUUUAGACCUUCCAACAACGAAUAUUCACAUACCGGAAGGAACUUCAGUUACUAUACCGGUGCUCGGCAUACAGCGAGAUCCGGCGAUAUAUCCGAAUCCGGAUAAGUUUGAUCCCGAACGAUUUGACGCGGAUCAAAUAGCGGCUAGGCAUCCGUACGCUUACUUACCUUUUGGAGAAGGGCCUCGAGUCUGUAUAGGUACUCGGUUUGGCUACAUGCAGACAAAAGUUGGUAUCUUCAAUAUUUUAGCAAAGUUCAAGGUUACACUUCAUCCUCGAACUCCGGUGCCACUUAUCAUCGAUGAAGCACCCGUUAUACUUUCGCCUAAAGGCGGUGUACAUCUUAUAAUUGAGCCACGAUAAAAUUAUCAUAGUCUCUAAAUCCGCGGUUAAACUGCGCAAAAUUCUGCUACUAAGUAAUAACAAUGUCAAUAAGAUCAAACUAAUAGUGCGCAAAACAGAGUUAUGCAACGAUCUAUCAAAGAUAACGCUAUCGUCGUUUUGCCGAAUCAUUCUACGAACAGUAUCUUUUUAAACAGUCGAAGUUUAGAAUAAAACAAAAUGUAUGUUUAUGGGAAUAUCAAAAUUAUCGUAAAAAAAACAAAGAAAGAUCAUUACGUAAAUUAUCUUAAGAUCGAAAGAAGUAGCCGGAAAGAAAUUUAUUUACUAAUCAGAAAUUUACGUCCAUAAGUGGUAAAUAUAUAGGAUGCAUUCCAAAUGGUCAGUUUUAGUACAACUCCGUUCUUACGUAAUUGUGUGUGUGUAUAAAAAAGAUACUUUGCCGAAUUCGUGGCUUCAAGUUUUAUACGUUCGUUAGAAGUCUUUAAACAAACGCUAUCUUGCUUGAACCGCGUGACAAAGUAUUAAUUUUUUUCUGCGAAACUACAAAGGUACAUAUGUACAGAUAAUUUUCGUACAUGUGCCAGACCUUGUUUGGUAGAAGUGUAUAGUAAGUUAGGGGGAGGAAGGUUGUGCAGUACACUAACUACCAUACGAUACACGGCCUUCUUUCAGAGGGCAUGCCCAUCUGUGUCGGGGCUCGUGUUCAAGAUGUUGGUGACUAUGAUCACCUUGUAGAGGGGGAAUUAAUUCGGGAUUACACCUGAAUUAAUUUUUGGAGGCCCGAUUUAGUUCGCCGAUCAACCGGAUAAACUCGGUUGAAGGGGACUGGCCCAGAAAAAAUCCUUAGAUGGUGAGCGGAUUCGAACUCGGGACCCUCCAGAUUAGCAGCCUCUGCACUCAGACCGCGAGACCACUGGGCCGGUCCUUAUUACAACUUUGUGGUGUUCACUUUCUGGCGCAAGAGAAGUAUAUUUUACGUCGAACCUGUUGUACCAACAGAUAAUCUGACUCCGGUAUUAAGAGGAAAACUGUCAAUAGGCAAGUAAUUCUCCUUAAAAAAACUAUGAUAUGUAAAAUGUAACUAUUGGUGCUGGUAUAAGGGGAUCACCUUUUGAUCUCGACAAUUUAGAAAAUGUUUCUUUUGCAUUGCUUUUACUAUACUUUUUACUUUUGGUGCUCGUAACUUUUUGCACACUACUCUAUCUUCAUUUAUUAUAACUGCAGUUUUCUCAUCUUCUAAAACAUCUGAUAUAGCCAGUCCAAGUGUGAGUUGCACAGCGAACAGAUUUAAUUUGAUAUUUUAAUUUUUCGACGUUUAUACCUUUAUCAUUAGUAUGAUUUUUUAGAAAGUAUCAUUUUCGUCAGUUGAUAGUAAAAAUUCAUAUUCUUUAUUUUUGUUACUGAUAUCGUUUUCAGUAGAUAAAGCCUCUUGCACAAUGCGAAGGAAUAGUGAGAGAUAAGCAAUAGACACAGAAUUCCAACUCGUCGGAAAUUUUAUCGCUAUUGCUUAUUUCGUUUUCUGAUAUGCAUUGAUACAUUUGUAUUGGUGUAUGUUAGAUUCUGUGUAUGUUUCUACUGUUAUUUAUAAAUACAAAUUCUUUAAAACUGGUUUUAUUUCUAUCGCAAUAGCUAUUUCUUCCAUUGUGCAAAAGGCUUAAUACAUUACAAAUAUCGCUAUCGCUAUCGUCUUCAUUAUUACAAUAUUACAAUUCGAAUCAAUCGUUCCCUAUAAGUUUGACAAGCCUAAUCAUGAUUGAACCGUUAUCAAUUGUAUACAAAUAAAUCGGAUUUAUUGAUAGAU